CACAAGCGCUUGCGUAUUCAUCAGUCAGAAAUAGAGCAAGAUGGCUGCGGUGUGCGCUGCCUCCCGUGUCCUCGGAAGAAAGAUUGUGUCAUCUAAAGCUCUGCCAGUGGUGUGGCAGACGAGCAACCGCAAGUUGCAUUUCUCCGUCUAUGGAAAAGGGGGAGAUGCAAAAGUCUCAGAUGCUAUCUCCACUCAGUAUCCAGUAGUAGACCAUGAGUUUGACGCUGUCGUGGUGGGAGCCGGUGGCGCAGGCCUGCGUGCAGCUUUCGGUCUGUCGGAGGCCGGUUUUAACACAGCCUGUGUCACCAAACUUUUCCCCACCCGCUCACACACAGUGGCCGCACAGGGUGGGAUUAAUGCCGCAUUGGGCAACAUGGAGGAGGACGACUGGCGUUGGCACUUUUAUGACACAGUGAAGGGAUCUGAUUGGCUGGGAGAUCAGGAUGCCAUUCACUACAUGACAGAGCAGGCGCCUGCUGCAGUGGUAGAGCUGGAGAACUUUGGUAUGCCGUUCAGCCGUACCGAGGAAGGGAGGAUCUAUCAGCGUGCCUUCGGAGGCCAGAGUCUGAAGUUCGGUAAAGGAGGUCAGGCUCACAGAUGCUGUUGUGUGGCGGACAGGACGGGUCACUCUCUUCUUCACACGCUCUAUGGACGGUCUCUAAGGUAUGACACCAGUUAUUUUGUGGAAUAUUUUGCCCUGGAUCUGCUGAUGGAGGAUGGAGAGUGUAAGGGAGUCAUUGCGUUGUGCAUGGAGGACGGAUCCAUCCACCGUUUCAGAGCCAAGAACACAGUCAUCGCCACUGGUGGUUAUGGCCGCACAUACUUCAGCUGUACAUCAGCCCAUACCAGCACAGGAGACGGUAAUGCCAUGGUGACCCGUGCUGGUCUGCCUUGCCAGGAUCUCGAAUUUGUUCAGUUCCACCCCACAGGAAUCUAUGGAGCCGGAUGCCUGAUCACAGAGGGUUGCCGUGGAGAGGGAGGAAUCUUGAUCAACAGUGAAGGCGAGAGGUUCAUGGAACGUUAUGCACCCAAUGCUAAAGAUUUGGCCUCUAGAGACGUGGUCUCACGGUCCAUGACCAUCGAGCUCAGGGAAGGAAGGUAUAAUAUACUUAAUCUUUACUAUAAUAUUAAUCUGCUAUUUUGUGCCCAGAACACAUUUCUUCGUUUCCAAACAGACCCAGAAUGUGAAAAUAGUAUACAGAUUUUGAUUGCAUUAUGAUGGUUACAUCAUAACGUAAAUGUUCAAAUCACUGUGUGGAAGUGAUUCUCUUGAGAACAUGACACUAAUAUCCUCUAAUCCUCGCAGGUCAUCACCCAUAAGGAUGGAGAGGAUACGGUGGUGCCAGGCCUGUACGCCUGCGGUGAGAGUGGCUGUGCAUCGGUGCACGGUGCCAACCGCCUGGGUGCCAACUCACUGCUGGAUCUGGUUGUGUUUGGACGCGCUUGUGCCCUUACCAUUGCUGAGACAGACACUCCAGGAGAGAAGCUUUCCCCUCUGAAACCCAAUGCAGGAGAGGCGUCUGUCGCCAAUAUGGACAAGAUCCGCUUUGCUAACGGCAGUACCAGAACCUCAGAGAUCAGACUGAAUAUGCAGAAGACCAUGCAGAGUCACGCUGCUGUGUUCCGCACUGGAGACACCCUGAAGGAAGGUUGUGACAAGAUGGACUCCGUCUACAAGUCACUGGAUGACAUCAAGACAUUUGACAGAGGCAUUGUCUGGAACACUGAUCUGGUGGAAACUCUGGAGCUGCAGAAUCUGAUGUUGAACGGAGUGCAGACAAUCGUCUCCGCUGAGGCCCGUACAGAGAGCAGAGGAGCUCAUGCCCGCGAGGACUUCAAGGACCGUGUGGAUGAGUACGAUUACUCUAAGUCUCUGCAGGGACAAGUGAAGAAGCCUUUCGAGCAGCACUGGAGGAAACACACACUGUCCUACGUGGAUCCCAAGACAGGAAAGGUUACUCUGGAAUACAGACCUGUGAUUGACAACUCUCUGAACGCAGAGGAAUGUGCUGCCAUUCCCCCUGCAAUCCGCUCCUAUUAAACACAUCCCGACUCCGCCCGUUUGCUUAUUUAUAAUCAGCCAAUAAAUAAAUGAAUAUCUUGUAUUUGACAAGCUGCACUUCAUUAAAAUAUGACCACAUAAAACUCGCUGAAAUAUAAGAGCAAAUAAUAAAGCUGCACUAGUCAGACUCCAUGUUAAAGAUUCAACUGUGUGAUAUUGGUGUAUCUUCUCUAAAACACAUCCAUCACAUUUGCUCUAAACCAUGCUGGUGAGUAAAUCAUUAAAUAUUUAAUAUUUAAAUGUCGAAUGAUUGUCAUUAUGCUGUCAAGAAGCGCUUUGCACCUUGUGAAAAAUAGAUUAAACUAGUAAACAACUUGA